AAGGAUAAGUGCCAUCAACCCAGAUGCUUUGUCAGCUGCACUGACUUCACUUCUCAUGUGCCCAGCCCUCCUUUGCUCCUUACCCCAGCGAGCUGAACCUGGGGGUGUUUAGGACCCAGCCCAGCUCCUGCUCCCUUUCAGGUCUCUUCAGGGGUUAUUACUUGGUGGGAGGUAGGGUCCAGGGCUCAGUGGUGUGAAUGGGAGGGCGACAGAAAAUCCGGACUGAAAAGCUCCAACUGGAAUAGCUCGCCUGUAUCCAGGCAACAGGCCUGACGCAACCACCGACAAAAAAAUCCCUUAAAACACACACACACACACACACACACAGAAAUUUCAGCAGCAAGACAGAGACAAGAGCGAGACAGAAACCUGAUGGCACCACUGACUGAGCUUUGCAAACCCCAAGUUGCAAACCAGAGGCAGAAGGAGCGACAGAGCAAGACAGUAUGUCUCUGGCAUAGUAAUUGUGACUCAGCCCCCGGUGUUUUCCAUAAUUAAAGUGACACCAGAGUGGAGAAGCAGCUGAUGUGGCUGGCUGGCUUAUGAGAGCUUGCUUUUGUGCAUCAAGUCAACAGAUGGAAGCUGUGAUCAGAAGGAUUCCCUGAGUUUUGCUGUUGCCCUGAACUUUACAAUCAACCUCUAUAACAUUUUACUACAGAAGAGGAUGUCUUUGCCCAGAAUCCAAAUAGAAGAAGAGGUGGUGGACAGUGCAGAUGCCUCCUCUGAGAAUGCCACACCCCCACAUGACCACCUGCGAAGCCUGAAGGCUCUGACGGAGAAACUGAGACUGGAGACCAGGCGCCCUUCCUACUUGGAGUGGAAAGCCAAACUUGAGGACCAGACGUGGAAGAGCCCCAAGCCCUCUGCGGAGGUAGAGGUUAAAGAAGAAAAAAAGGCCACUGAGGAAGCCAUCCCUUUCAGAAAGGUGCAGGUGCAUCUCAAAGGGAGUUCUUCCCAGGAGAAGGUGAUUCUUACUUCAGGGAAACUAAGUGGCUUUGAAAGCAUUGAGGAAGCUCUGAAUUGGCUCAGGAAGGAACUGACAGAAAUGCGCCUGCAGGACCAGCAGCUGGCACGGCAGCUCAUGCGUCUGCGCAGUGACAUCAACAAGCUGAAGAUCGAGCAGACCUGCCAUCUGCACCGGCGCAUGCUCAACGACGCCACCUAUGAGCUGGAGGAGCGGGACGAGCUCGCCGACCUCUUCUGCGACUUCCCGCUCAUGAGCUCCUUCAGCCUCUCCGCACCCCUCAAGCUCAUCGGCGUCACCAAGAUGAACAUCAACUCCCGCAGGUUCUCGCUGUGUUAGGGGGGGCACGGGAGGGAGCGUCCAUGGGGGAGCAGAGGUGCAGACAGAGAGAUCCCUCCACUGAACUGCCAGAUCCGAAGACUCAAGAGGACGCAGAGGGGAAGAGGUAAAAUGCAGUAGAUCCUACAGCUGCUCUUGCCUCCAGGUAGUGCCGGUAGAUCUCAGCCCUGAGACAGUAUGGAGAAGCCUACAGACAAGCUGGGGUAUUAGAACCAUCAGAAACCAGGAAGCGCCUCUGAGUUUAGUCUGCUCCUUUGCAAGUGCAAUCCCACCUCCUCCUCCUCAUCGGUAAGUAAUUGUAAAAGACAGCGGCCGUGCCAGAAGGAUCUGCGAGGCAGCAGGAGGCCACUGGACCUCCCAGGUGCUUAGAAAUCAAAGGGAAGGUUACAAGUACAGCCAUGCACCAAAGCAAAACCCCUUUCAUCCGCCUGGGGCCAGAAACCAUGGCUCCUCUAAAAACCAAUGAUACUCCUCUGUUUGGAGGGGCUGAAGGUUGCUAUCUUGAUUAGAAAGCUGAUUUCCAAUGGCAGCCGCGCCUCCAAGGCAUGAGGAAUAGUGGGUUUAUGUCAUGCACAAUCCCAAAAGAACGGCAGAGAAGCUGGGCUUGUCCUGAAUUGUGCCUUCGCUGUGAAUGGUAACUAUGGACAUCAUACACAUUUAUACAGUGAUUCAGGCUAGUCUGUGUCCUCUGGAGGAUAUGAUCAGGGCUGCAAAUGUUCUUGACUUACUUUCUCUACACCAGCCAUAUGAGGCGGCUCGGUUAUCCCCCAAACGGACUAAGAAACAUAGGGCAAUAGACCAGCACUGUGAUGGCCCACAUCCCCAUCCCACUGGCAUCAGGUGGGACUCCGCCAACACUCCACAGGAUCAGCCUCCAGCGUGCCAGGCUAGCCCUAUCCAAAUAAAAGAAGGAAAUGUAAAGAGGAAAACGGAUAUGUUUUCUAGUGAUCAUAGUAGUAAGAAUUACUGUAAAAUUACUACAAGAAAGAGAGACUAUUGCCAAGUCUGCUAUUGAUCUGCGGCGUGAGCGUGUGCUCAGCAACACGGAGAGUGACCAUUUACUGCCAAACAGAGCCAUUGGUCUAUAUUGCAUCAGGAUUGUUUCAAGGCUCUGCUUCUGUCCCUUCUAAGCCUUCACCGAACACAAAUCUCUGGGGCAGUGCCCUCCAUUCUGUACAAGCAUAAAGGAACGUCUGUCCCUAACUUGCAUUACUCAUCAUACCAGGCCAGCUGUGCUCUCCCCUACCUGCGAGAUCAGCUUCACAAAUCAGUUUCUCGAGUGUCGGCUUGGAGGAAGCUCUUCUGGUGAAUGGCAGAGGGUGCAGACAGAGGCACCUGCACGUCUUUGAUCGCAAAUUAUAUAUUGUGUAUAAGCCCAUCAGAAUCCACAGGGACCUAGAAAGGAAUGACAGGGCAGUGAAGUCUUUUUUGGUUUAGUUUUUUCCUUCCCUUGAAUGAUUUGGGCUUUAGUAGCUCCAGGGUGUCAAUAUCAUUUAAUCGGAAACUACAACAGCUUUCAGAGUGAGCAGUGGUUCAAGAUUGUCACUGGAGGUCAUUAACCGAUCCUUAUUGCAGUAAGGCAUGCCAGUUAGCCACCUCUUAUGCAUGGGGUAUUAAUCUCCCAGAAACCGGUCAGGAGGUCUGUCAUGGGUGCGUGACCACUGCUAACAUUCAGUCUUGAUUAAAGUAUGGACAGUAUCCUACAGCGCUGGUCCAGUACUGCAGUAUUCUGUAGCAAUGGCUGAUUACGACAGUAACAGUAAUACCCCCUCUUAUCAGUGCUUUUGAUGAGCUGAUCUCAAAGCAAUUUACAAAGGAGGUCAGUUUCGUUAUCAAUACCCAGAAAGGCACUGGAACAAAUUAUCAAACAAUCAUUAGUAAGCACCUAGAGAAUAAUAAGGUUAUAAGGAAUAACCAGCAUGGAUUUGUCAAGAACAAAUCAUGCCAAACCAACCUAAUUUCAUUCUCUGAGAGACUUACUGGCCUAGUUGAUAUGGGGAAAAUGUGAUAUAUCUUGACUUCAAUAGGCUUUUGACACAGUCCCAUAUGAUAUUCUCAUAAGCAAACUAGGGAAAUGCCAUCCAGAUGAAAUUACUAUAUGGCAAGUGCACAACUGGUUGAAAGACCAUACUCAAAGGAUAGUUAUCAAUGGUUUGCUGGGGGAUGUGUCUAGUGGGGUGCUGCAGGGGUCUGUCCUAGGUCUGGUGCUAUUAAAUAUUUUCAUUAAUGACUUGGAUGAUGGAGUGAAGAGUACACUUGUAAAAUUUGCAGCUGACACCAAGCUGGGAGGGAUUGCUAGCACUUUGAAGAUCAGAAUUCAAAAUGACCUCGAUAACUUAGAGGAUUGGUCUGAAAUCAACAAGAAGAAAUUCAAUAAAGACAAGUGUAAAGUACUUCACUUAGAAAGGUAAAAUCAAAUGCACAACUACAAAAUGGUGAAUAACUGGCUAGGUCAUAGUACUGCUGAAAAGGAUCUGGGGGGUUAUAAUGGAUCACAAAUUAAAUAUGAGCCAACAAUGUGAUGCAAUUGCGAAAAAGGCUAAUAUCAUUCUGAGGUGUAUUAACAGGAGUGUCAUAUGUAAGACCUGGAAGGUAGCUGUCCCACUCUACUCAGCACUGGUGAGGCCUCAUCUGGAGUACUGUGUCCAGUUUUGGGUGCCGCACUUGUAGAAUGAUGUGGACAAAUUGGAGAGAAUCUAGAGGAGAGCAACAAAAGCAAUAAAAGAUUGAGAAAACCUGACCUCUGACAUGUCUAGCCUUGAGAAGACUGAGAGAGGAUUGAUAAUUUUAAAACACGUUAAAGGCUGUUAUAAAGAGUUGGGCUCCAAUGUCCACUAAGGGGAGGAGAAGAAGUAACAAGGGGAGGAGAAGAAGUAACGGCCUUCACUUCAGCACGGGCGAUUUAGGCUAGAUACUAGAAAACUUUCUAAAUAUAACUUAUACAAGGAGAAUUAAGUAGUAGAAUGGGUUACUACAGGAGGGUGUAGAAUCCCUGUCCCUGGAGGUUUUUAAGAACAGGUUAGACAAACAUCUGUCAGGGAUUGUCUAGGUUUACUUAACCCUGCCUCAGUGAGGAGGGAUGGAUUAGCGCUGCCUACAGUGCUCAAGAGCGUGGCCAGUCUCAGGCCAGACUGUUAGCAAUCAAGACACAAACUCCAAAUUGGCUGUGAGUUCUACACUUAGAUUUCACAGCCAAUUACCAAGGGUAAACUCCUCUGGCACUACAGCACCCUUAGCGUGGAGUCACAGACAGUCCCACUGGGUAUUCUGAUCUGUCUCACCAAGCAGGUAAGCAUACCUUUGUGAUAGAUGGUCCCUUACACCAAGGAGAACAGCAAUAUUCAGGUUACUCUCAGUCCCAACGGAUCAGUCACUUAACCCAGGUCACUUGCACCCUAGCUCUCACACCAAAGACAAUGCUUGUAGCCAAUCCUAUAACAAACUAACUAAAAAUUAAUUAAAUAGAAAAAGGAAACCAGAGAGUUAUUUACAAGGUUAAAGCAAGUAAACAUAGAUAUACAAAUGAGUUACAAUCUUAAAUUGCAAAAGGUAAUAGGAGCUUCUAUAAUCGGCAAGCUCUGUAUGUCUUUUAGGGCUAACCCAGGCUAAGCAACUGGGGAAUCUCUCACUUAUGCCUAGAAACACUGUGCCCCCCCCCCCCCCGAGUCCAAGCAGCAUAGAAAUACUAAAUUCCUUUGGUUUGUGGUUUUCAUCCCCCUACUACCAUGUACUCUGAGUUGCAAUCUCAGUUGAUGGGAAGAAUCCACUU